AUGGAGGCCUUAAAAUUAAAUAUAACAGAAACAUGUCCGUUGCCAUUUUCUGGUACAACAGGAGGCCUAUUCCUAAAUGCAGUGACUACAAUAAUUGCUGCGCAUUGCACUAUCUUAGACGACUACAGCUGGCCUCCUGACGAUUCCCCAAAUAUUUUAAAGAGGGAGUCUCCUUCAUAUGACUUCAUAAUAGUGGGAGCCGGUACAGCCGGUUCGUUGCUUGCAAGUCGUUUAUCAAAUCUGUAUCCUUUGUGGAAAAUACUACUAAUAGAGGCAGGAGACGAUCCUGGAAUUGAUAGUGAGAUCCCCGCAUUUUUAUUCUUAAAUCAAAAUUCUGGAAUAGAUUGGAACUACAAAACGUAUCCGGAUGGCAAUACUUGUUUAGGAUUUAAUAAUAACAGCUGUAUUUGGAGUAAAGGUAAAGCGCUCGGUGGAUCGAGUUCCAUAAAUGCAAUGAUAUAUCUCCGAGGACACCCUAACGACUACUUUGAAUGGGAACAAUUAGGAAAUGUUGGUUGGAAUUAUGAUACAUUAUCGGCUUUUUUUGAUGAGCAAGAAGAACUUUUUAACAUUUCUGAUCCUAAUUUUCAAGGCUAUGAAAAUGAAUGGUAUAAUAUUUUAGACAAGGCAUGGAGAGAACUAGGUUUUAUAUCCUAUAAAUACAAUAACCAUGAAGCUUUGACUGGAACAAAAAUAGCAAGAUUACUCACAAAAAAUGGCAAGCGCAUGAACACUGCAAAGGCAUAUUUCGUGGAUGCUGGUAAACUAGAAAUAAUGAAAAAUACUGUAGUAGAAAAAGUAUUAAUCGAUUCUAAUACUAAAAAAGCAACUGGUGUUAAAAUACGACACAAGAGCGGCAUUUUUGCAGACAUUCAUACAACGAAAGAAAUUAUAUUAUCAGCUGGAUCUAUUGCAACACCGCAAAUUCUUAUGUUAUCGGGGAUAGGACCAAGGUCUCAAUUGGAGGCCUUGGGAAUUAAUUGCCUGCAAGAUUUGCUGGUAGGGCAGAAUCUACAAGAUCACGUCAUAUUACCUUUGUUUCUUAAAACAAACAAGCAUACAGUAAUACCCAAUGAAAUGAUAAAUAUGCUUAUUAUACAGUACAUACUUACUAAAAGCGGUCCAUUUUCAAAUAUUGGGUUAACAGACUACAUGGGAUUUAUUGACACUACGAAUACUUCUGACUAUCCUGAUAUUCAAUUUCAUUACACUUACUUUGCUAAAAACGAUAAUUUCGUAUUAAAGCCAUACCUUGAAGGAUUAGGUUACAAACAAGAAAUUAUAAAUAUUAUUCAAUCACUAAAUGAAGCGCAUGAUAUUUUGGGAAUUUAUCCAACAUUAUUACGUCCGAAAUCAAGAGGCGAAAUCCAUCUUGCUAAAUCUCCAUUAUCAGACCCAAUAAUAAAGACUAAUUAUUUUCAACAUCCUGACGAUAUACUUUCCUUCAUGAAGGCUAUCGAUUUCGUUCACAAACUUGAGGAAACGUCGGUUUUUAAGGAAAGGGAAAUCGAAUUACUUAGCAUUGAUAUUCCUUAUUGUAUAAAACAUUUAUUCGAUACUAAUAAUUACUGGAAUUGUUACAUAAGGCAUAUGGCGACGACGUUAUAUCAUCCAGUAGGUACCGCUAAAAUGGGCCCUGAAAACGAUCCUACAUCUGUAGUCAGCCCUGAAUUAAUGGUUCAUGGAAUUAAAAACCUAAGAGUCGUUGAUGCUAGUAUAAUGCCAACUAUACCAGGAGCUAAUACAAUGGCUGCGACAUUAGUAGUGGCUCAGAAAGCGGUUGAUAUAAUUAAAAAAGAAUAUGAUCAAAGAGAUGAACUG